AUGUCAGCUAUUCCAGAAGACGAAUCGUCGGCGGAAGAGGAACUCGAACGCAUGCUCUUGGAAGCGGAGCGUUUGGCGAAUCAGAUGCGAUCCGCCUCUUCCCCCAGCACCCGGCAUACGAAUAGUAACAACAGCAACACCACCACCACCAACAACGAUAACAGUAGGCCUCCCCGCAAUGGACUCUCCUUGUCCUCUGCUGCUGCCGUUGCAUCCCGCAACCAAACGCGACGAUACGACGACGAGCAGGAUUCCCGCAGCGACGUGGUUUCCCUGACAUCUCUGGCUUCGAGUCAAGACCUCGGUAUGCUUCUGCGAGACGUCACUCCACAAGCGUACCAAGACAAUGAAGACAACGACAACGACGAGGAAGACAGUGCGCUUUCGUACCCCAACGGUAGCGAGAACGACCAUGACCACGACAACGACGAUGGGCACUCCUCCGUACUCUCCUCAACAACGUCGAUCGAUCCCUCGACACCCUCGCGCGAAUCCCAUCCCGACAUUGACGCCGCCGUUCGUGCCGCACGAAAAAUGCAACAAGCCCUCCAAGCCUUGGGUGCCAGUGAUGCUCAGGCCCCCGUCUCACCCUCGUACGAGAAGCCUUCCCCGGCCCAGACGGAUCGCACCGUAUCCCCGGUGGAGUCGCCGUCUGCCAGCGACCCUCACCACAAAAAUGACAGCAGCAACCACCAACACAGCAACGACAUUCAGUGGGAACCAUUCGAUCCUCCCCGCGAAGAGGACGACGACUUUGUUCCUCUCCAAGAUUAUAGUCACACGGCCAAAACAGCAAACCCUCACGAAGGAUUACCCUCCUCCCCACACACACCCGUAUCCGUUCCGCCACGCGUCAAACAAGUCGACGCCGGCGGAGUACUCUGGGAACGCGUCGAUUACUGCAACAACAAUGACGACGAUUACGUACCGCUCAAGGAUUACAGUCGCAACAACAUGAACAACAGCACCAGCAACCGCAACCACAAUACUCCCACCAAGCGGCCCGCCGUGGUCGAUCGACGCGUCGCCACAACUUCCGCCAAGCUUCGCUCCCGUGCACGACGGCGCCAAAUGACCGUCGCGUUGCUGCUCGCCAUAACUCUGGUAGUCAGUACUGCGUACUACUUUCUACGACACUAUCAAAACGUGACAUCCACUCCUUUGACUCGUCCGUCACCACCGGGCUCGACCGCCAGCACUACUAUCACUUCGAACGCAACAAAAGUGGACUCUAUCGAAUCUCCCGAGGGGCCACUGGGCGUCACCGCCAAUGGGAACGGUAACGUCGACAACGCAUCAGCCCACAUCCUUCCGGUCCGUGUUGCAGCGGUCGAUACGGGCCGGGAACCCGCCGUCGUAACCUUGGAACGAGAUCAACACAAACGCGAUACCCGUGUCACACCUACGGCCUUCCAAUCGCACCGACGGUCCCACCCUGCGUCGGCGGCCUCGGAACCACCACCCAAGGCGAGAGGAGACGAUCGCUGUCACGUUCCCAUGGGUUGGUUGCUUUGGGAACACUGUGAUCCGCAUACGAAGCGAUCGGAACGGCUCGAAAGUCUUUUGCAAGCCAUGCUCCAAUAA